ACGCGCGCGCGGGGUUUGUGGCAAGUGGCUAGUCAGUCGACGACUUGCCAGCUGUGCUCUAUACUUCUAGCUGUGAAGUAUUUUAAUUUUAUCGAACCAGAUGAAGGAUCCAGGGCUCUUCAAAGUUCACGACAUUGUAUUUAUGUAACGUACUACUUAUCGGUGAUCAUGCUUAGUUAUUGACAUGAUUGAUUUACAACAGGACCAUGACUGAAAGUUUACCGGCGGUGGCGGAAUGUAAAUUGGAAAAUUUAUUUGACUCUACAUUGUGUAUGAUCAGUCAAAGAGCUUCAGGAUAAUAAGAGCUUUGGGCUUCAGGAUAAUAUGACGUGCUAGAUAACCUGCAGUUUCUGGAGUUUAUGAUCUCAGUUUCGCCAUGCCAAAGGCACCUUUGAACAAGCACGUCAAAUUUGAAAGCAUUGAUAAUUGUGUUGCUGACAGCCCAGAGAGCAAUGUACAAGAUGGACAACAGGGUGGUGCUGGCCAGUGUCAUGGGACAUCAUCCACCAGAGGAGGAUGCUCAUCUCGUCUUCCGAAUGAAGAGAUAGAGAUUCAUAUUGAAGAUGAAAAUGGCGUGAGACAACCCUACCACCAGCAUGACCAAAUAACGGAACAUUGCAGUGGAUGCCACAUGCUGGGCCAGCCUCAUAAACACCAGAGAGUGACCACUGCUGAUCAGCCAGACGAUGACGACGAUGAUGAUGAUGGAUGUAGAUACAGUCCCCAGCAAGGUCCCCAUAUCAUCCUACUCACAAUCAUCUGCAUUCCAUUCGUCUUUCUAACAGCAUUAGUUGUCACGUGUUAUCUAGGUGUGCUUACCUGGUAUAACAUUUUCCUUUACUAUUACGACGAGAGGGGAUGGAUUCACCGCAUCGUUGUCUGUCCUCUUCUAAUCCUGUCAUUUCCUCCGAUCAUCCUGACGACAGCUCUCGGUAUCUCACUGUAUUCCUCCGUCCAGCAACUCUCAUGGUAUCUUACCUCAUGGAGGACUUCAGUGACUGACUUAGAGAAGGGUUUCUAUGCAUGGUUGUGUCUCCAUCUUGGCCUUCAGGAUUGCUCCCCAUAUGAAGUCAUCACCUUGGAGGAUGAUGAUGAAGAUGGUUUAGGCAGAACCAUAUCGCAUGCAGUCAGCCCAGUGUAAUUCCACAACAUUUCUCAAAAGUUUCAAAUAACAUGGUUAUCUUGUGUUUUUAUUGGUCUAGAACGGCCAUGUGUCCAGUCUAUACAAAUGACUGUUUACUUCAUAUACACUGCGUUGCAUAUGAAUAGCCUCAUAUACAUCGCGUUGCAUAAAAUGAUCUCAUAUCACAGCAUUGCAUAUAUUGCGCGCACAUGCAGGGUGCAUGUGCAGGGCCCAUGCACUUUGCAGCAGAGAACUGCAACCUUUCAAUCUCAAUUCCAGCAGGAAAGCUCGCAGUACAUGUAAUCAAAAAGUUACACUGCAGUGAUUUCAUUUAUUUAUGCAUUGAAAACCUUUAUCUUUUUACUUAUUGGCACGAUAUAACAAAACAGUUGUUGACUGCUGUGAUGUGGAUUGAGGAAUAUAUGUGAUUUUUAACCCCCUCUGGGGGACAUAGCACCCUCGGCCUCGCCUCCAGUGCUAUGUAUGUGCCCCUCGGGUGUUACAAAUGCCAUACAUGGGUAACACAUCACAGCAGUCAACUAAAUAUUGUUAAUAGUUUGUGGACCAUACAGCGUACCUGUAGUGUACAAAAAGCAACAAUGUGUCUGAAUUGAUGCAUGAAGGUUUGUGAAGUGUACAUGAUAAAAAAGAACUCUUUCUUUGCCUCCUACGGUAUGUGUUUUUAACACUCUGUGCAAAUCUACAGUGCUUAUGCCAUUGCCCUUUUUUUUUAAAAAUGAGGCAGACGUGAGUUUUUCAAUCACACACUCAAUUUAUACAAACAUACAUGUACAAUGUACGUAACUGGACUUUUUUUCUAGAGCUCUAAUGACUGACUUACCAUUGUUGGUAAUGACAAAACAUUUUAAGAUUGAAUUUAAAAAAAAAAAAUGCUUUCUAUUCUAUCUGCAGCAACAGCAGUCAUUUAGUUUUGGUUGCUAUGGUCACUAAGGGG